AUGAAAUUAGAGCUACCGAAGCGUUGGUCGAAGACCAAGUAUUUUCAGCUUGGCUCUUCAGACCCAGAAAGCGAAAAUGACAUCAAGUCGAGCCCAGAAACUUCUCCCCGAGCAAGUAAUCUAAGGCAAGCCAUUCCAUGGCUGGUUCACUUCAUUCUUACAAUUGGGCCACUGUUCACUCGCGAAUAUGAGACUGCUGUACAAACCUGCGGCUUGAAAUCUCCCCUUGAGCUCUCGGGUGAGUUUGGAGCACAAUCCGCUUGGCGUGGGGGUGGAAAUGCCGACGUGGAUGCCGCAUGGGAAAGCUUGGAGCUUAAUUCGGCCAUGUCAGUAUCUCGUCAUGAAAUAGAGAAAAUCAAGAAGCUCCGUAACAGUUCCGUCGUUCUACCUGAUGGCGGCUACAUGGCAAGCAUAGGGGGUUUCCACCAAAUGCACUGUCUCAACGUUAUCCGAAAAGCCACCUAUCUGGACUACUAUACUAUUCAUGAACCAGACUUCUUUACAGAGCCAAGUGCGCGAAAACAUGUCGAUCAUUGCAUCGAAAUGCUCCGCCAGAUUCUCAUGUGUUCUGCAGACAUGCACCUGAUUACGUAUGAUUGGGUGGAUGGAUGGGAUUAUCCAUGGCCUGACUUCAGCACCAAUCAGUUUUGUCGGGACUACAAGUCUGUGCAUAAAUGGGGAAAAGCGCGUGUAGCUAAGACUGAUACCGCUGGAGGGAUGCUUCUUAAACCUGCUAACGCCGUUACGAGGAAGUUGCCAGCAGAUUAG